AGCAUCAACCCUCUGGGCGGCUUUGUCCACUACGGUGAGGUGACCAAUGACUUUGUCAUGCUCAAAGGCUGUGUGGUGGGAACCAAGAAGCAGUGCUCACUCUGUGCAAGUCCUUUGCUGGUGCAGACCACACUGCGGGCCCUGGAGAAGACUGACCUCAAACUUAUUGACACCACCUCCAAAUUUGGUCAUGGUCGCUUCCAGACUGUGGAAGAGAGGAAAGCCUUCACGGGACCACUUAAGAAGGACCGAAUUGCCAAGGAAGAAGGGGCCUAA